AUAAAAUAAUCCUGCCUGACUUCUGGUUGUGCAUAGGUUAGCUGAUGAACUGCAUAUGCCAUCCCUCCCCGAGAUGAUGUUUGGAGACAACGUUUUAAGAAUCCAGCAUGGCUCUGGCUUUGGGAUUGAGUUCAAUGCUACAGAUGCUUUGAGAUGUGUGAAUAACUACCAAGGAAUGCUUAAAGUAGCCUGUGCGGAGGAGUGGCAGGAGAGCAGGAACGAGGGUGAGCACUCCAAGGAAGUUAUAAAACCAUACGAUUGGACCUUUACAACAGAUUAUAAGGGAACAUUACUUGGAGAAUCCCUCAAGUUAAAGGUUGUGCCUACAACAGAUCAUAUAGACACAGAGAAAUUGAAAGCCAGAGAGCAGAUUAAGUUUUUUGAAGAAGUUCUCCUGUUUGAGGAUGAACUUCAUGAUCAUGGAGUUUCAAGCCUAAGUGUGAAAAUUAGAGUAAUGCCUUCCAGCUUUUUCCUGCUGUUGCGGUUUUUCUUGAGAAUUGAUGGAGUGCUUAUCAGAAUGAAUGACACGAGACUUUACCACGAGGCCGACAAGACCUACAUGUUACGAGAAUAUACAUCACGAGAGAGCAGAAUUGCUAAUUUAAUGCAUGUCCCACCUUCCCUCUUCACGGAACCUAAUGAAAUGUCACAGCAUUUACCGAUCAAGGAGACAGUCUGUGAGAAGCUAUUAUUUCCAGAAAAAAUUGAUCAGAACCCCACAGACUCACAAGCAAAUGCGCCUGUGGAAUAGAAUGUGACACACCAGCUACUCAGCGUGGAAUCCGAUGGAGACUUUGACGAUGUGGAUGAAGUUUUUUUAUUAUGAGAAGUAAUUGCCUUGUCUAUGUGCAGAUUUCCUAUAGACUUUAAAGGAAAGAAAAAGAUUGCUGCAGGGAGAUUCCACCCAACUACUGUUUGUACUGUCCUCAAGUUCAUAGUCCAGAUUUGUUUCCUGGAGUUCACUUGCAUUUCUAACUUGUCACAGGGGGAUGCCAUCAGUAAUGAGGUGUCUGUGUCUCAUGAACAGUGGGCGUACUCUGUAUCCAUUAGGAAACACUGCCUUCCCCUGGGAGGCGGUCGCUCUAAAUCCCUAGGUCGCAUGCGACUCGGGGCUGCUGUGUGCAUGUUGUCCGCCUUGCACCCUGGGCUUUGUGGUUUUUUUCCACUGCUGCACAGUCCUGACUUGCCUCCCAGGAAAUUGACCUCAUACUUUAAUGAUCUUCACCCCAAUAUUAAAGAAAUGUACAUUUCCUCUCUAAAUUUAAAUUGACUCUUGAAGUUUAAAGAAAAUUUCAGACAUAGAACCAAAUAACCUAGUCUUUUGGAGAACGUAAGCUAUGGAGCCCAUUGGACACACACGAGCCUGGUUUGGCAUUAAUAGCAGAAUGCAGAGCUGUCUUUUUCCAUCUUCGGGUGCUAUUUCCUAUGUGCUUCUGCUGGUACUGACAUUUUCACUUCCAUCUUCCACGCAGCCUCAGAGUGAGUAAAUCCAUUGAAUAUUGAAGUUGGUAUUAGUCCUAAAAGUUUAAAGAAUCCAUAUGGAUUGUGGUUCGCACAUAUCACAUCAACCCCUAACAACCAGAUUAAUUUUCUGCUUAAAAUAUUUGAGAGGUAGCUAUGGAGAAGGCUAAUUUUUAAAUAUCAAAGCCAGUUUUCUGAUUUUAAGAUUCAUAUUGUUAACAUUACAGGGAAUCCAGUAAAGUGUAAUUAGUACAAGAGCUGGGUAGUCCAGAAAGUACUCAAAAGUACAUGUAAAGUCCAUUUGAUUAUUUUGAUGAUGACCUUUUAAACAUUGUAUACCUGCCUUUCUAAAUGAUCUUCCUAAAGUGGAAAGUGGUUAUAAAGCACCAAGUAAGGAAUUACUUAAAGUGGAUUUUUAAAAUGACUUUUUUACAGGUCAGGGGAACAAAUAUCAUCCCCCCCUUUCCUGGUUUGAAAUAACUGUUGUACAUAUUUCUACUUGAUGGAUAAAUCAUUAAAUAAGAAUAUUUAAAUAAAAGUGUUAGCAAAGCUCUUCAGGUAUUAUUAGCCUGAUGAUAAGUUUUAGUGAACAAUACAAUUGGAUAUUCAUUCCUUGUUCAAACUCUGGUGCACUCUUGUGUGUAUUGUUGUUUUGCUAAUUGUAUUACCCAGUUUUGGUCUCAAAUGGUUUUGGUAUUUGCCGUCUGUUGCAUCACCUGUGACAUAUAGGAAAUCAAGAUUUUGUUAACUUUACAAAAACACAUGGCAUGUUCACUGUGUAUUAAAUAUGCCUGAAUUUAAUGUUUUCUCUUAGGCCAGGAAAGUAAUCAUACUGUACUCAGCUUUCUGUGUUAUUUUAUUUGCCAUGCAGAUUUGAACAGAAUAGCCUCUUUUUUUUCAUGCAAAUUGUAAGAAAUGAAAAACCUGUAAGAAUAUUCACUAGUUGAAAUUUCUGGGCAGUAUCAUAUAUAUCUUUUAAAACUUGAUUCAGGUGUCUUGCUCCUUGAUUCAGUCUUAGAUUGCUUAUUUUGCUUCAUUGUUAAACAUUGCAGGGAAUUAAAAGAACUGACCUUGUUUUAUAGAAGGUGAGCGGUGCAUAGGAAAAUGUACUUCUGAAAAUUCAUCAGUUUAUUCCUGCGGAGAAUACCAAGAAAACCUGUAUUUGCCCAUUGCUGAAUAAGACAUAUGCCAUUCUGUAUUCAUUUGUCCCAAGUGUCUUUUUGUAAGAGGAGAAUAAACAAUAAGGAAUUAUUGAUCUGUUUUGCUAUUUCAUUGACUUAAGUUUUUCUUAAAGCUUAAUUAAACAAUGGUUUGGUAUA